CGAAGUCGACACGCGGUCCACUCUGUUCCUUCUCGUCCUUCAAAAGGGACAGGCAGCGAUAGCGACCUCUCCCGCCCGAUCCUCUUUGCCUUCUUACUUUACCUCCGACUAGCAUACCCACCCAAGCCCCCACCAAGAUGUCCCACGCGCAACACCACGCCUCGUCUUCCUCCGCUUCCUCCGCCUCGUCAGCUCCACAACCGCCCCGCACUCCCUACCAUGUCCUGCAGCAGACCUUCCUAAUCGACUCCGCCUACUCCAUCUCUAAGGAACUCGGGCAAGGGGCCUAUGGCUGCGUCGCUGCUGCGACGCACAACGCGACGGGAGAGAGCGUCGCCAUCAAGAAGAUUACCAAUGUCUUUUCGAAGAGGAUACUGACAAAGAGGGCGCUGAGGGAGAUUAAGUUGUUGAGGCACUUCAGGGGGCACAAGAAUAUCACCUGCCUCUAUGACAUGGACAUCAUCGACCCGUAUCAUUUCAAUGAAGUCUACCUCUACGAAGAGCUCAUGGAGGCCGAUCUCCACGCGAUCAUCCGCUCCGGCCAACCGCUCAGCGACGCGCACUUCCAGUCCUUCAUCUACCAGACGCUCUGUGGCCUCAAGUACAUUCACUCGGCCAGCGUACUGCAUCGCGACUUGAAGCCCGGCAACCUGCUCGUCAACGCAGACUGUGAGCUCAAGAUUUGCGACUUUGGGUUGGCGAGGGGAUUCGAGACGGAUCCAGAGCAGGCAUCAAAAGCUGGCGCCGGGGGGUUCAUGACCGAGUAUGUUGCGACGAGGUGGUAUCGAGCUCCAGAGAUUAUGCUCUCCUUCCAAAACUACACGACAGCCAUCGACAUCUGGUCGGUCGGCUGCAUUCUCGCCGAGCUCCUGGGCGGCAAGCCCAUCUUCAAAGGGCGGGACUACGUCGACCAGCUGAACCAGAUCCUUCACCACCUGGGCACCCCUUCCGAAGAGACUCUGCGAAGAGUCGGCAGCCCGAGGGCACAGGAGUACAUCCGAUCCCUCCCUUAUACUCCGCGCAUACCCUUCUCUCACCUCUACCCUACUGCUAAUCCUCUGGCCCUGGACCUCCUAGAGCGCAUGCUGGCCUUCGACCCCGCGAGGAGGAUAACGUGCGAGGAGGCUUUGCUUCAUCCCUACCUCGCCGUGUGGCACGACGCGGCUGAUGAGCCGCUCUGCCCGCGCAAGUUUGACUUUGGAUUCGAGGCGGUGGACGAUACGGAGGGGAUGAAGGCGCUGAUCCUGGACGAGGUGCGCAGUUUCAGAGGCGAGGUGAGGGGGGAGGCGCUACGCAAUCAGCAAGCAGCUCAGCAGCAGCAGCAACAGGAGAUGGCCGCUCAACAGCAGCAGCAGUACUAUCAACAGCAGCAGCAUCAGCAAGCAUACUAUCAGCAGCAGCAGCAACAGCAGCAGCAGCAAGCUCCCCCGCCCAACGCUCAAUCCUCUGCCUCCUCGGCACGUCGACAAGACUCCCUUCCCAUUCCCACGCGCGAGGAGAUCAGGCGCGCUUCACCGACCGAAGCAGUCGCCGGGCAUGUUCAGGGUCACGGUGGCGCUGGCGUCGUAGGGGCUAGUACGGGACUCGUGAAUGAGGGCGGCAUCGAGAUGGUCGAGGAGCCCAAUGAGUUGGAGAGGGAGUUGAGUGGCGCCCAGAGGGGAUGAGCCUCCCUCCCCGGACUAAUGCUGUGGCAAGCCGUAUUGACAAAUGACGCUCCUCUGUUAUAUUCCGACCCUCUUUCUUUUGUUUCCUACUAUUACUACCACUACUAUACGACGAAGACGAUUUCGAUGAUGUUUUGCGUG